UUUCAUAUUUUCACAAAUCGAAUUAUUAAUUGCGAUUCCACCAUUCCCAUGGCAUUAAAUAAAUUGGACUCUAAUAAGAUUGAUUCUAAAAAUAACGAAGAUAAAAAAAGAAUGCAAUUGACUAAGGAUGAUAAAAGUAAAAGAAAACGUGAUUCAUCUCAUUCUUCCACUUCAUCCUCAGGAUCUUCAGGCUCAAGCUCAUCUGGGACAUCUAGUGGCAGUGGCUCAUCUUCAACAUCAAGGAGUACUCCUUCACCACAACAUAAGAGAAAACCUAACACAUCACAACAAGACAGGCGUUUGCCAAGGCAAGAGAAUUCCAAUCGAUUGAAUAAUAUACAUCACAAUGCAAAUGAUAGAAAUUUUUCUGAAAGAAAUAGAGGCCAUGAUAGAGAAGAUGAUACAAGAAGAAGGGAUAGGGAGCUAACACGUAGGUCUGUUGCCCAAGAUGCAAGAAGGAGAGACGAAAUACAUAAAACUGAUACUUAUAGAAGGAGAGAUGAGCCAAGCAAUAGACCUCAAGAAUUUAGAAAAAGAGAAGAUCAUAAAAUUGAACACAAAAAACCAGAGGAUACAAGUAAAGUAGAAGAUUCCAGAAAAAAGGAACCUAUAUCAAAACAAGGAGAAAGCAAAAGGAAAGAUGAUCAGAAAUUUAUGGAGGAAAUAAAUAGAAAAAAACGUUUAGAGUCUGAAAGACUCAAUGAAUCAAAACUUCAGAAUAAAAAGCCAGAUAUUAAAGAAAAUCAGGAUAUUGCUGUCCCUGUUAAAAAGGAAAUAAAUAAAUCAGAUGAUAAAGUAAAUGUUACCACUGCAACUAAAAUGAAAAGACACCACCAUUCUAAAUCAUCAACAAGAACACCCUCACCUAAGCUUAAAGGUUCUACAAACAAUACCACUGUAUCUAGCUCUUCAAAUAUCAAUGAAUCUACUGUUAAGCCAGUUUCUAGAGUGCCUUUCAAGAAACCAGUUGUCUUGCCAUCCAAGAUUCAUGUGGGAAGAUUGACUAGACAUGUAACAAGGGAUCAUCUAAAGGAAAUAUUUGGAACCUAUGGAAGAAUCAAAACCAUUGAUAUGCCCAUGGACAGAAAUCAUUUUGUUUAUUCUAGAGGUUUUGCCUACAUUGAUUAUGAAUCAUCGGAAGAGGCUGCUAAAGCUCAAAAGUUUAUGAACGGAGGACAAAUUGACGGUCAAGAGGUUAUUGUAGCAUUUGUUAUUCCUAUGACCCCCCGCCGAUCAUCUAAAAGAGAAGAAAAAAUGAGAACUGAAAGAGACAAAGAAAAGAAGGAAGAUAUUAAAGAAAGAAAAGAAGAUAUUAAGGAAAAAAAGGAGGAGAAGGAUAUUAAAGAAAAUAAAGAUAAAAAAGAGGUAACAAAAAAGGAUAAGAAUAGCACAGUAAACAAAGAAAAAACCACCACUAAAUCAGAACACCCUAUUGCCGCAAUUAGUAAUCUUAAUUCUCUUAAGGAAUUUGCUGAAAAUAAAACUAAAACAAGGGCCAGUGGGGAUACCACUUCACAUCAUGGCGAAAAUCUUGCUAAGGCCACCAUUAGCAAAGAAUCUGUGGUGACUGUUAAAAAGCAGAUUGAUGAGAGUGGCACAAAGAAAGAAAUGGUGACUAGCAAUCUAGUUAAAAAACCCACUCACCAUUCACUAGCUGUUAGUCAUAGGCACCCUCAUCCACCCUCUUCUCAAACUCAGGAGUUUGAUAAAAAACCACAUCUUACAUCUACCUCGGUCAAAAAGAUUAAGGAUGCUACAAUUGCGUCAAAUAUAAAAAAUGUAAAGGACGAUGCUUCAAAGUCUCGCAAGAUACCCGUAAAUGAUAUAAAUGAAGCCAACAAAAGAAAGAGGGUUGCCUCAAGUUCUUCCAGCUCAGGGUCUUCUGGUUCGAGCUCUGAUACAGAAAAUAGUUCCUCUACUUCUGGAUCAGAUAACACUACUUCAGCCUCAGAUUCAGAAAAGCCAAAUGAUAGAAAGAAGAAACAAACUCUAGUGUCUAAAAAGCUAACGAUUGAUAUUAAUAAAGGCAGGAAAGAUGCUACAGGGGGCGGGAGUGCUGGCAAGAGAUGAAUAGAUGGAGAUAGCAUCUUUUUAUUUUUCGGGGGAUCAAAUAUUUUAAAUUAUUAUUAUAUAUUCAAUUUAACGUGUAGUUUUUCUUUAAUAUAAUUUAAAUUUUCUAAUAAAAUUUCAAGAUAGAACAUUAGAUGCCUUCUUACCUUAUUAAUUGGAAUGGACGAACUUUUUGGAUCUCUAAAGGAUCUAAACAUAUUAUUUAUAAACUUACUAUCUGUUUAUGUAUCGUUAUUUAAAUUGUUGUUUCUGACGUGCAAGAUCUUGGUACUUUUUCAAACAAUUUCUAAA